GGCAGGAGCCUGUGAACAGCAACAACAACAACCAUGACCACAACAACCACAACCACAAUGCAGAGUGCAAAUAUGGAGAAUCUGGAAUAAAGUGAAUUGUUCUGCUGCACAGCCUGGUUUCCACCAUGAUAUUCUGCUCACCACAGCCCAGAAACAAGAGAGCCAAAUAACCAUGGACUGGAACCUCUGCAACUCUUCAACUGGUAGACCACUUCCCUGGUAGUCCUGCCUUGCAGAUUUAACCACGACUGUGCUUCUGACCAGCUCGGGAGACAGACAGAUCUUACCUGAGUACAGUCCUCCCACCUUCCUUCUUUGACAGAGAUAAGCCUGACUUGGUGAGACAAGCAUGUCCUGCCCUCAGCUAUGUCCGGUCCUCACACAUCUGUGGCCUCUCCUGCUGACCCUGGCUCCUGGAACAGAACAAUCAGGUGUAUCCCCCAAAGCUGUGCUUCUGCUUGAUCCUCCAUGGUCCACAACAUUCAAAGGAAAAACAGUGACUCUCAGAUGCAUGGGUUUUCCUUCCUCAACCAAGGGAAACAGAUUUUGGCAGAAUGGCAAGUUAUUGGAUACAGUAUCUGAAAUGAUCAGCAUUACAUCAUCUGGGAAUUACCAAUGCAAGACCCCUGGAUCCUCUCUCAGUGACCCUGUGCAUGUGGAAUUUUCCUCUGACUGGCUGAUCCUCCAGGCCCCACACCCCGUCUAUGAAGGAGAUGAUGUAAUUCUGAGAUGUCAAGGGAAAGAACAACAGAAGAUAAUGGGAAAGAAUUACUACAAAAAUGGACAAGAACUUCGCGACAGUUAUAAUUUAGACCACAUCACUAUAAAUGCAGUCUCCAUGGACCCUGAUAAAUAUAAGUGUACUGCUUCUAGGAAAGCUUUCCUACGGUCAAAGGAAGAAACUUCAAAACCUUUAAGGAUCCAAGUUCAAGAGCUGUUUCCACAGCCUGUGCUGACUGCUCACCCCUCCCAGCCCAUAGAGGGUGGCCCAGUGACCCUGACCUGCGAGACCCAGCUCCUGCCACAGAAGCCACAUAUCCAGCUUCAAUUCUGCUUCUUCAGAGAUGUCCACACCUUGGGGACAGGCUGUAGCAGCUCCCCAGAGCUCCAGAUCCCUACUAUGUGGACUGAAGAUUCAGGUUCCUACUGGUGCCAGGCAGUGACUCCCAGGAUCACAAAAAGCAGCCUGAAGUCUCAGAUACAUGUGCAGAGGAUCCCUGUGUCUAAUGUGAAUCUGGAGAUCCAGCCAACAGGGGGGCAUCUGAUUGAAGGACAGGAUCUGGUCCUUACCUGCUCAGUAAAAAAAGGCACAGGGAAUAUUACCUUCUCAUGGCACAGAGAUGGAAUUAGAAUUCCGGGUAGAAAGACCCAGCGUUCCCAGUCGGCAGAACUGCAGGUGCCCGCAGUAAUGGAACGUGAUGCAGGGCGAUAUUACUGCACAGCUGACAACAGUGACGGCCCCAUCCUUAGCAAUAGGAUUACAGUCACUGUGAAAAUUCCAGUUUCUAACCCAGUCCUCACCAUCCGGGCUCCCAGGACCCCGGCGGUGGUGGGGGAUGUGGUGGAGCUUCGCUGUGAGGUCCUGAGAGGAUCUCCUCCCAUCUUCUACCUGUUUUAUCACGAGAAUGUCAACUUGGGGAGCAGCUCAGCCCCCUCUGGAGGAGGAGCAGUUUUCAACCUCUCCUUGACUGUGGAACACUCUGGAAAAUAUUCAUGUGAGGCUGACAAUGGCCUGGGGCCCAAGCGCAGCCCCGGAAUAAGCCUGAAGGUCAUAGUUCCAGUAUCCUGCCCUGUCUUCACCUUCAGGUCCCCUCGAGCCCAGGCCGUGGUUGGGGACAUAGUGGAGCUUCACUGUGAGGCCCAGAGAGGCUCUCCCCCGAUCCUGUACCGGUUUUAUCAUGAAAAUGUCGCUCUGGGGAACAGCUCAGCACCCUCGGGAGGAGGAGCAUCCUUCAACCUGUCGUUGAACACAGAGCAUGCUGGGAACUACUCCUGUGACGCUGACAAUGGGCUGGGAGCCCAGCACAGUGAGAUGAUGACCCUCAGUGUCAUAGGAAUUUCUUGGAAUAGGGUUGGUCCUGUCACUGGAGGAGUCAUUGGAGGGUUGCUUGGCCUUGUGGUUACUGCUGGUUUGCUGUAUCACUUCAGGAUUCAGAAGAAAUCAGGAGGAACUUUUGCCAUGGCGACACCUAGUUAUAGUCCCAAUGAGCUGUCCUCAACCAGACCCUCCACAAUCAACCCUGAGGUGCCCAUCCGUUGUGAGCCACAGGCCCCAGUGGACCUGCAGCCAGUGUACAGCAAUGUAAAUCCUGGAAAUGGCAACUUGAUUUAUUCCCAGAUCCAGAGCGUACAGCAUACAAAUGGAAACAUAGCGAAUUCACCAAGGACGCAUCAGCAAGAUAAGGGAGUGGUAGUCAUUUAUUCGGAGCUGAAGAAGGCACACCCAGAUAAUUCUGCAAAGCAGACCAGCAGGAGAGAGAGUGUCCAGGAAGAUGAUACAGGAAACUAUGAGAAUGUCUUUUGUGCUUCUGCAGCCUCAGACUACUCAUUCCUUGUCCAGAGUGGCCCAUAGACUGUGGGAGCAGCACUGUUCUUCCCUGCUUCUCUUGACCACAUACCAGACUUCUCCCUCAGACUCUACCUCCACGAACACUGGAAUACCAUGGAUGUAAGGCUGAGCCGAAGAUUUGCCACCUCUUCUGUGUCUGGGGCUGUAUGUUCUGUAAACACAGAAUGUGCAGCUUCUGAAAAAGUGCUGCAUUCUUGCUAAAAGAAUGGGCUGUAUGCCAAGGCAGUGAAAUAGAGGAGCUUGUCUAGCCCUGGUCACAAGGGCUUUACCUAUAGAAUUACAGCAAAUACACAAAUAAUUCUAGGUAUCAUCUUCUCAUUUUACGGCUGAGACAGAGGCCUAUAGAGGGGCUUAUCCAAGGUCAUAUGCAAAUAAAAGGAGGGUCCGAACCUAGAUCUGACCAGCUCCGAAGUCUGCGAUCUCAACAGUCACACUACUUUGCUUUUUCUCUACAAAGAUACUAGAAUUCAAAUGAACUAAACAAUGCUAUGAAAAGGAAAUUAUGUGCAGUUUACUGAACAGCUGACUUAAGCAUGUAUAAAUGAUAUUUAGGAUUGGUCUAUUAUGAGCUUCUAAUCCAUCCCACUAAACAGGUUAAGGUUCUCUUCUUUCAUUAACUUGGCUUUGCUUCAUUGAUCCUGUAGUUUUUCCCUCAAUGAUCACUCUGUAUACAAUUUGCAUCAAAAUGGAUCUUCUUGUCUGUGAGGAUUUUAAUGUUAUUUGCAUAAGUUUUUCAGGCACUGUUGAAAUUGCUCAAAAUGUGGAAUCUUCAUCAAAUCUGUUUCUAAGGAGGUUUGCUUCCCAGCAAUGCCAAAUGUUACAUGAAGUAAUAUGUGUCUCCAUCUGUCGUAGUUUCUUUCCUCGUUGCUGAGAAAAAAUAACCAAGACCAAGGUUAAAGGAGGAAAGGCUUAUUUGGCUCACAGUGUGUAGAAG